AUGCCAUAUAAUCAUCAACCACAAUUAUCUGUAAACUCAAUUCAAUCAUUGGUGGAGCCAAUAACUCCUCCUCCAUUAGGUCAAAUGAAUAAUAAGAGAAAUCAUCAAAAAGCUCAUUCUUUAGAUUUGUCAGGUUUUAAUGAUUUCAUAUCUUCAACUGCUAAUCAAAUUAAUGGUAAUUUACCUCUAAUUAAUGAAUUUGAUCUAAAUUUUAAUAAUAGUGAUGAUUCCACUACUGUUACUACUACCACCAAUUCAUCGUCCCUCUUUCAAUCAAAAAAUUCUCAUUCUUCAAGAAAUGGUAAUAAUAGUACACAUACUGCUACGAAUAGUACUAGUAGUACUAAUAGCUCAAUCAUGGAAAUCACUUCAAUGCCUUUGGAAGAAUUAGACUACAUCAAGUUAGCAACAGAUCAAUUCGGUUGUCGUUUCCUACAAAAGAAAUUGGAAUCAAAUUCAAUUACUGAAUCAAAUUUAGUUAGAGAUUUAAUGUACGAACAAAUUAAACCUUUCUUUUUAAAUUUAGUAUUAGAUCCCUUCGGUAACUACCUCAUUCAAAAAUUAUGUGAGUAUCUUACUACUGAUGAGAAGACUUUUUUAAUCAAUUCCAUUUAUCCUCACGUCUUUAGAAUCUCAAUUAAUCAAUACGGUACAAGAUCCCUACAAAAAAUUAUUGAUACUGUGGAUAAUGAGACUCAAAUUGAUCUCAUAGUAAAAGGUUUCUCACAAGAAUUCACUUCCAUCGAUCAAGUCGUAACAUUAAUUAAUGAUUUGAACGGUAAUCAUGUCAUUCAAAAAUGUAUCUUCAAAUUCCCAUCUUCAAAAUUCGAUUUUAUCAUCAAUGCAAUCAUUGAAAAAAAUAAUAUUAUAGCAAUCUCAACCCAUAAGCAUGGCUGUUGCGUCUUACAAAAAUUAUUGAGUGUCUGUACUUUACAACAAAUCUUUAAAAUCUCUUUAAAGAUUAUUCAAUUCUUAUCAGGUUUAAUGAACGAUCAAUUUGGUAAUUAUAUCAUUCAAUUCCUAUUAGAUAUUAAAGAAUUGGAUUUCUAUUUUUUGAUUGAGAUCUUUAACACUCUUUUAGUCAAUGAUAUUUGUCAAUUAUCAUGUCUGAAAUUUUCAUCAAAUGUCAUUGAAAAAUAUAUUAAAAAAUUGUUCAGAAUAAUCCAAGACACAAUUAAUGGUAACAUUUUACCAAAUAUGAAUGAUGAUAUCAUUAAUAAUUUGAUGCGUAUUAUUUUAAACAUUAUAGAAUUCUUUACCAUCAAUUUAAAUAUCUUAAUUAGAGAUAAUUAUGGUAAUUACGCUUUACAAACUUUAUUAGACGUGAAAAAUUAUUCUUUGUUACUAGAAUAUCCACAAUCAAAUACAACAGCGAAGAAUCCAAAUUUAAUCAAUUUUACCACUGAAUUUAGUUUGAAAAUUGGUAAUUUGGUAAUGUUAACUAAAGAAUUAUUACCAAGUAUUAAAACUACUUCUUACGCUAAGAAAAUUAAAUUAAAGGUUAAAGCUUUCUCCGAUGUUACAGGUUUGAAUUUUAAUAAUGACAUUAAAAAUGGCAGACCAACUUCAAGUAAUGACAACAGACAACAACAACAGCAACAGCAACAGCAACAGCAACAAAAUAAACAUCAUCAACGUCAUUUUUCUCUACCUGCAAAUGCUUACUACAGAAGAAAUAGUAACGCAAUGAAUGCAGCUCCAACAAUUCAUCAAUCAAUGAGCAAUUUCUUAGGUUCAAAUAAUAUUACACCAGUAAAUAAUAACGAUAAUAACAAUUAUUUGACAUCAAUGCAGAAUUUGUAUCAACAACCUUCAUUAACUCCAUCGUCCCAAUCUUUCAUAAAUAACCAGCCUACAUCAUCCAAUGUAUUACAGCAGCAGCAACAACAACAGCAACAACAGCAACAGCCGUUACUUUACAUGAACGAUACAGCAAACCUAUUUCAAAAUAAUCCAUCGCCACUUCAUAUGAUAAACACUAAUGAUAUAAUGAACACCGUAAACUAUAGUAAUGUAACUAGCCAAAGAAUUGUAAGUAAUCCGUUCCCGCAAAACCAGCCAAAUUAUAACAUUAAUAACUUUUCCAAAAAUAGAAGUUUUGGAUUCAAAUAA